AUUUGAAAGCUACAUCAAUUAUUUAUUGGACACCCAAAUUUGUGAGACUUAACGAGUCCUAGGGGACAGCUCCAGCGCAAACAUAAGUGCAAAGCAGUUUGGUUGUGAAGGAUGUGGAGAAGAGUUUUCUUAUCAGCAUUUCGAACUGGAUUACAGGUGAAUUGCUGUUCUAUAGCUCCAAGAGAACAAAUUAACAUCAGAGGUAGACUGCUCAGUUCAUUUUUCACAGGUUCAUUAUCAUCUGGUGUUGAGACACAAAAGUUAGUCACUCAUCUUGGGAAACAGCCUAACAGUGUAUUGCCUAUUAUUAACAACCAAUGGACAACAUUAUAUGGAAAAACAACAAUAUUGCAGUCUUCUCUCUGUCCAGCUUUACUCCAGUUUUCCAGGUCUUUGAUAAAAUUUUCACUAAGAAAAGGUAAGAGGAAGACAGUGAAAGCAGUUGUGAAACGUUUUUACCGCCUGCAGAGUGGAGUGUGGAUACGAACACGAGCUGGAAAAAACAGGAAACUUUACAAGAAAUCCCCAAGAAGGAAGUACAGGAUUAGACAGCAUGUUUUUUGCAAUAAGACACAAUCAAUUAUGUUAGACAAAAUGGUAACAAAAUAUUGGAAGAAACCUAAAUACUAUAUAGAUGACAUUUAUGAGCCUUAUCAUGUAUGUCAUAACUUUCCUUACGUUCCAAGGAUACGAUAGGUGUGAUAAUAUCAAGCUUUUGGGAUUAGGAUAGAUUAAUGAUUAGCUGUUUUGAACUUCUUUAUUGUAAGAAAAUCUGUUUUACAUGUAAAAUAUAUUUACUGUAAAUGAUUGAAGUACUGGAAUGGGUGAUUGAUGUUACCCAGUGAGUGUUUUCUACCAAAUGUUUGGCAUUUCUGUAAAUGCUAAAACUGACAGUUUGAUUACUUAAAUCAUUGGGAACUUAUUCUGAUUUUACUGAACCUCUUUGUAUACUUGAAGCCAUAAAAUGAUUAGAUUCUGUC